AUGCCAGGGGCGUUGAGCACCCCGGCACCCUCACCUUCCCUCCUCCGGUUCCUUCGUGCUCAAUCCCAAGGUUUAUCCUUCUUCGAUACAAACCAUGGCGUUAAGUGCACUCUCCGCGCCAGCUCCGGUGCCCUUCUCCAGCAGCCUCCCUGCAACAUGGCCAGGCAAUCAAGGCAAUGGACAAGGACCCUGUGUACUUCCAAGCCGAAGAAGAGUGCGGUAAUGCAAGCCGGACUCUGGGACCUCGAUGCGAUUCUUCCAAAGUCAUUUCAAAAGCAGCGCUCCCCGGUCGACAGGGCGAAGACGUCGAGGGUUCCGAACACACAGCGAUAUCUGUCCUCGGACCGCAUGCCAAGCGCAAUAUGCAGACCGUCGUGGCGCGAGAUGCUCUGGGGUCGAGCAACUGGGAAGCCGAGGCCGCUGAACCCGGAAGACCUACCGUCGCGAGACGAGAGAGGAGGCCCGGGCUCCAUAUUCAGUCCCAGCCGUACACAGGCUGCUAAGGCCGCCCUGGAGCCUCGUUUACGGUGCACUGAGGUUGACGAGAACGGGGAGGUAAUCCUGACUGAUGGCGAGUUCAAGAAGAGCGAGCUUAUUGCUAAGUAUGGCCUCCUGCCCCGCGACCUCCGCAAAAUCGACGCAUCCAAUCUCCCGCAUAUUCUUGUCCGACCCUCCGUCAUUCUCCUCAACCUCCUCCAUCUGAAAGUCCUGAUUAAGUCCGACCGCGUCCUUCUCUUCGAUGUCUUUGGGACCAGGACCUCGUACCCGCAGUCGGCCUUCAUGUACGAUUUACAAGGGAAGCUACAGCAGAAGCAGGCACCUAGUGCCGGCGGGCUUCCGUACGAAUUCCGAGCUCUCGAGGCCGUUCUCACAUCCGUAACAACAGAACUCGAGGCCGAAUUCGAGACUGUGCAGGCGCCGGUCAUCCGUAUUCUCAGCGAGCUCGAGGACGAUAUCGACCGGGACAAGCUCAGGAUCCUACUCGUGCUCUCCAAGAAGGUCAGCACCUUCGAGCAGAAAGCCAAGCUCGUACGCGAUGCCAUAGAAGAGUUGCUAGAGGCCGACGACGAUCUCGCAGAUAUGUACCUCACCGAGAAGACUCAUGAUCUAUAUCGUGGAGAGGAUGACCACACUGAGAUUGAGAUGCUCCUAGAGUCCUACAAUAAGAUUUGCGACGAGGUUGCCCAGGAAGCCAGUAAUCUGGUGUCAAGCAUCAGGAAUACCGAAGAAAUUAUUCGUGCCAUUCUAGACGCCAACCGGAAUUCCCUCAUGCUGCUAGAGCUCAAGUUCAGCAUCGGCACCUUGGGGCUGGCUAUGGGGACCUUCCUGGCGGGACUCUACGGCAUGAACCUCGAAAACUUCAUCGAGGAGAAGAACUGGGGCUUCGGCACCGUCUCGGGAGUGUCUGCCAUCAUGUCCAUCGUCAUCUGUUGGUAUGGCCUGGUGAAGCUGCGCAAGGUGCAGCGGGUCAAAAUGGGCGGUUCUAUGCGGACACAGGACCGAAACCACUGGUACGCCGACGACGGGACCGGCGGCUUGCUGGAUGCGAGGAACAGGGAGAAGCUGCGCCAGAUCAACAUGCUGAAGGCGGCGUCGACUAAGCCAACGAAGAAGUGGUUUUGA